CACCAGGUGGCCGGCUUGCCGCUCGCGGCCCACCCCCAGGACACUUCGCAGGCUCCCGGCACUUUCGCCUGGGGCCGGCGCCGAGGGCGCAGAGCUGAAGGGAGCUCGAGAGGCGCCUUCUGUUUACCUUUUAUGGUUAAAAUAACAGCUUAGCAAAGAAGCGACUUCACCAAGAAGCGAUUUAGUGAAAUCGUCUCAAGCUGCCGCAGCUCAGCCAGUUUAAUCACCCCCAGAGAGCCGAACAACUGCGAGCACAAUGGGACACAAAAUCAUUUUCAGUGGUCUCGGGGGAAAGGUCGUGGUCCGGCACAGAUGCGUUUGUUGGAGGGAGCACUGGAGAUUCAGUGGAAGGCGCAAAGCCUGGGGCUUCCAAUGAUACUCUGGGCAGCGAUGGAAGCCUAGAUGCCUCACCGCAAGGAGCGGCCGAGUGGGUCCUCGCUUCACGCACACGGCAGCCCCGGCACCGCGGAGGGAGGAAACAUGUCCCGGCUGUCUCUCACCCGGUCACCCGUGUCUCCCCUGGCUGCCCAGGGGAUCCCAUUGCCAGCUCAGCUCACCAAGUCCAACGCGCCUGUACACAUCGACGUGGGCGGACACAUGUACACCAGCAGCCUGGCCACGCUCACCAAGUACCCUGACUCCAGAAUAAGCCGCCUCUUCAAUGGCACUGAGCCCAUUGUCCUGGACAGUUUGAAGCAACAUUAUUUCAUCGACCGGGAUGGGGAGAUUUUCCGCUACGUCCUGAGCUUCCUGCGGACGUCAAAACUGCUGCUCCCAGAUGACUUCAAGGACUUCAGCCUGCUAUACGAGGAGGCGCGGUACUACCAGCUGCAGCCCAUGGUGCGGGAGCUGGAGCGCUGGCAGCAGGAACAGGAGCAGCGGCGCCGCAGCCGCGCGUGUGACUGCCUGGUGGUGCGCGUGACACCAGACCUGGGUGAGCGCAUCGCGCUCAGUGGCGAGAAGGCCCUCAUCGAGGAGGUCUUCCCCGAGACCGGGGACGUCAUGUGCAACUCGGUGAAUGCCGGCUGGAACCAGGACCCCACGCACGUCAUCCGCUUCCCGCUGAAUGGCUACUGCCGGCUCAACUCCGUGCAGGUCCUGGAGAGGCUAUUCCAGAGGGGCUUCAGUGUGGCUGCCUCCUGUGGGGGGGGCGUGGACUCCUCCCAGUUCAGCGAGUACGUGCUCUGCCGGGAGGAGCGGCGGCCGCAGCCCACUCCCACUGCUGUCCGGAUAAAGCAGGAGCCCCUGGACUAGGCCCUGCCUCAGUGCCCACCUGGGACACCCCAGGGACCUGGAAACAGCCCUGGGGAGUUGUGCCUGUGCGUGCUCAGCAGUGGGCAUGAGACUGUGGGUGGAGCUGGAGGGUCCAGAGUAGCCCAGGGAGCACCAGGGCCCCGGCAUCGUGCCAACAGAAUGUGGGAUGCUGGAGGCAUGCCCAGCGAAGGACAGUUGACGUGACCCAAAGAUGCUGCAGUGGGAACUCCGUUGCCGGCUCUCCCAGCCCCACAGCCUGGUCCUGCCCCCUCCAAGGCUGCAGGGGCCUGCUGAGGUAGGGUCAGCAGAGGCGUCCGCAGCUACUCGAGUGAAGCUGUUCAUCCUUCUCCACGCAUGGCAGGUUCUGGUGGGUCUCCUACAUCAGAGAUGGCUUAUUUUUCUAUAGUAUUUAAAAUGGAAGCAUUAACUGCAUAGGUCAGGGAGGCCAACAAAGACCAGUGCUUCUUUAUCUGGUGCUCAGUUCUCAGUCAGAUGUGCGGCACGCCCAUGCGGUGGAUGGGCUGCGUGGCGCUCUUGUCCAGGCACACACAGAGCUGGGGCUCUCGGGGCAGAUGCAGGAGUGAUUGCUGUAGGAACCAAAAUAGGGCCCCCGGGAGCAAGGGUGCCAGCAGGAGCACUUAGGGAGCUGGGAGGCUCUGUGACCAUCUGAGAUCCUCCCGUUGCUGCUGUCUGGGGCUCAGGCUGCUCUUGGCAGGUCACGUGACCUACUCAUGCCCAGCGGCUUCCAGUCUUGUCUGCCUGUCCUCACACCUGGGCUCCUGGAGAGGCAUUCCUCCCUGUAGGACCAGCUACGGGGCCACACCUUACCUCAGGAAUGGGCUCCACCAGGAAGGGGCCCAUCUGUCAGCAGCAUCCCCAGCUCAGGGAGCUAUUCCCAGCUCCAGUUUUCUCAUGCUAAUCUGCUCACUGAAUUUUAAUUACACCUCUCUCACUAGCCUGCCAGUAAGACCCAGACACAGGCAUACCUGGCCCUCGUGACCCAACUCCCAGUGAGGACUGCCUGAGGGGUCCUCACAGACCUGCUGCGUCCCCAGAUGACAGGCCCAAAGACAGACCCUCCCUGGCCUUGUCACACUUCCCCAUGUGCUGGCCCUUCCUGAGUGGGGAACCCCUGCGGAGCUGGGGGGUGGGCCCCCAGCCUUCUCCACCCCAUGUACAAUGCCUGUAGACUUGUAUAUGACUCCUUUAAUAUUGUAAAGAUGCUGAUGUAUAA